AUGAUCGAAGAGAUUGGGGUUAUGGCAUGCACUGAUGGAUUGGUUUUGCUGCGUCUCGAACCCUUCGAUGACUUGAUGGUACGUUACUACAUUGGGAAUCCUAUGCUACCACAAUGGAUUCAACUCCCUCCUCCUUCUCUUCCCAUAGGGUCAUCCCAUCAUAAUUACAAUGAUUCGGGACUUGUGACACGAAAGCACAACCAUACCCUCUUGGGUUACAAGGUGGUUCUGAUACAUAGGGAACUUAGUAGUUCUCGAACAUAUAGAUUUUUGAUUUUCUCAUCGGAUACGGGUGAAUGGAGUGCUAAACAAGUACUCUCUUGUCCUGGUCCUCGUACUAAUGUUACUAUCAGGACAUCUAAUCCGGUUUCUUUGAAUGGGAAACUUCACUGGCUUGAUCACUCGGGGCAUAUUAUUGUUCAUGAUUUCUUCUCUCACGAUGAUAAAGUUCGAGCCAUACGCAUACCCGCCAGGAAACAAGGCGAACGCUAUCCAUUUUCUGUCAAUCAUCCAAGCAAGAAGAUUAUCUGCACCACAUCGCAAGGAACUAUGUGCUCAUUGAUGCUGAAUGGGUACAAGAUGUCAACAAGAGCUAUAACGUUAGGAUUUGGAGGCUCAAGUGUGAUUCUUGGAGCUGGGAAAACGCAUGGGAUAUCAACAUGGCUCGUGUAG